GAGUUUACAAAGUGCUUUGACAGGAUACAAGGCAAUAUGACAACAGAAAGCCAAACAAAAGCAAGACAAAACUAAGCUAAUAAGGUUCGUCUUGUGAGUAUAUCAGUGUCAUCUAAUUAGUUAAUGAACCCCAAAUCUGACUGAUUGGAGCAUGUAGAACAUACAUACAUACAUACAUUAUCUGUAACCGCUUAUCCUAUUCAGACAUGGGGCAAAGGCGGGGUACACCCUGGUCAGGUCGCCAGACUAUCACAGGGCUGACACUUAGAGACAGACAACCAAUCACGCUGACAUUCACACCUAUUUAGAGUCAACAAUUAACAAUUAAUGAAUGUCUUUGGACUGUGGGAGGAAACCGGAGAACCCGGAGAAAAACGCUAACACGGGGAGAACAUGCAAACUCCACACAGAAGGGCCUCAAGCGACCCUGUGACCCCACGACCCUCUUGCUGUGAGGCGACACUGCUAGAACAUAACAUAUCCAACAAAAUGCAAGUCACAGAGGUCAAUGAGCCAAGUUUCAUGAGGGGGAUGACUUAGAGGCGGGUUGUAAUAACUCAUAAUGAGCUAUGAACGGUGGAGCUAAUCGGUGCUGAGCCUCUUUGAUAAGCCUGAGUGGCUGCGGGGAAGCCACUGGGAUAGGGAUAAUCCUUUUAGGCAACAGGAAUCAGUUGGUCAACACUUGCUCUCUCAGUCUGGGUGAGCUCCUCAGUGUGAGACAGGACCCAUAAUUUGAUCAGAAAUCACUAGCUGUCCUCCGCCUCAGAUCCUGUGGGGUACAUACUGAUCUACCUCACUCACUCAGCAGAUUCGGAUACCUCAGGGGGGAGGGGGAGGUCUGCUGGGAUACGGACCGAGCCUGAGUCAUGAUGGAAUGGUUGAAAAAGGUGAUGAAGAAUAUGGUGUCAUUGAAAUCCAGGGUGUACGUGAAGGACUACUUGAAGAGGAACGGCCUGCUGACGCUCUCGGUCUUUGCUGUAGUGACGGGCUGUGUGCUCGGAUUUCUCCUCAGGACGUUCAACCUGUCCACACAGGCUAAGAUCUACUUCUCCUUCCCCGGAGAACUGCUGAUGAGGAUGUUAAAGAUGUUGAUUCUGCCGCUCAUCACCUCCAGUCUUAUGUCCGGCCUGUCAGCCAUGGACACGAAGGCAAGCGGUCGGCUGGGAGUACUGACCAUCACCUACUACCUGUGGACGACCUUCAUCGCUGUCAUCGUCGGCAUCGUGCUGGUGCUCAUCAUUCACCCAGGGACGGGCUCAGAGAAGGACGGCCACCAUUCAAGUUCAGGGCCUGUUAUGACCUCCGCUGACGCUCUGCUGGACCUCAUCAGGAACAUGAUCCCGUCAAAUCUAAUUGAAGCAACUUUUCAGCAGUACCGAACGGACCUGGUACCUAUUGUACAGAACGCUGAUGCGAAAGAAUCUCAGGCUAACUAUGUGUACGUCAUGCCCGACUACCACAACCCUCAACUGGGCCACCCAGUCUUCCUGGAGAUCACCCCGGCCCCCGACAUCAAGUAUAAAAUCGUCCCCAGUACCAGCAAGGGCAUGAACGUACUGGGGAUCGUCAUCUUCUCGGCCACCAUGGGUCUGCUGCUGGGGAAGAUGGGAGAACGUGGAGCGCCGUUGGUCAACGUGUGUCAGUGCAUCAACGAGUGCGUCAUGAAGAUUAUUAACGCUGCUAUGUGGUACUUCCCCUUCGGCAUUGUGUUCCUUGUGGCAGGGAAGAUCCUGGAUAUGCACGACCCGGCCCACCUGGGAGAGAAGCUGGGCAUGUACUUCAUCACGGUCCUGUCUGGUUUGUUUGUGCACGGCCUCAUCCUGCUGCCGUUCUUCUACUACUUCUUCACUCGCAAAAACCCCUUCACCUACAUCAGAGGACUGCUGCAGGCUCUUGUCAUUGCACUGGCCACGUCAUCCAGCUCAGCCACAUUGCCCAUCACCAUGAAGUGUCUCCUGGAGAACUGUGGCGUGGACCGGCAGAUCGCUCGUUUCGUGUUGCCCGUGGGAGCUACCAUCAACAUGGAUGGGACAGCCCUGUACGAGGCAGUGGCGGCUAUCUUUAUCGCUCAGGUCAAUGAGUACGACUUGGACUUUGGCCAGCUGGUCACUAUUAGUAUAACGGCAACAGCAGCCAGCAUUGGGGCAGCUGGGAUACCUCAAGCCGGUCUGGUUACCAUGGUGAUUGUCCUGACCUCUGUGGGGUUGCCGCCUGCUGACAUCUCUCUGAUUGUGGCCAUCGAUUGGGUUCUCGAUCGGUUCCGGACGAUGAUCAAUGUUCUUGGUGAUGCCUUAGCUGCUGGGAUUAUGGCUCAUUUAUGUCGGAAGGACUUUGAGACGGAAGCCCCUGCUGCUGCAACCCCUACCCCUACGGAAACCACUUACGGAGCUUGCCCCAGCCGGAGAGACACAGUAAUCUCCUUCGGCAAUCAGAGCGUGGCGAUGUCUGAUACCCCUCUGAUCACACACCGCUGCGAUUAUGUGUUUGAGGUGGAUGGAGAAAACGUGCUGGAGAGACCUGUGGGCAACUACAACCUCUGCCACGUCUGAGACACUUUCACAGGAUGGGAAACUGCCUUCUACAGCACAUAAGAUUCACCUCUUUGGAUCAAAGAGACCAUCAUCUGACUGAGGCCCAAAAAAAUCCAGUUAAUAUUAGGUUUCUGUUCUAAAUGAGACCAAAGUUUGAGUAUAUUGUGGUGUCAGGGUUUAGCGGCUUCAAUAGA